GUUUUUUUGUUGUUGACGACCUGUGUUGUAGUAGGGUGAGCGUCGAUGGCGUCGCCGGCUGACGAUGGUGUGUGGGCGUCGUGCUGCGACCGGCGCGGCGUCUCGCUCUGUCGAGCGGCCGCCGGUGCGGCGCCUCGCUCGAUCGCGCGGCGCGGCCUCGCUGGCGCGCGAGCGUGCCGCAGCUGCCGGCCGCGGCGGCUCGCAAGCUACUGUUGGGUGCCACGGCGCGGCGCCGGGCGUCCCGCGAGCGCUUUUGAGCCGCCGGCGGCUGCUCGCUGCACAGGUCCCACAGGGAUCGCUGCUCGCCGAGAUUUUGCAACCAGCCUCGCUGCGGCACAGAUGGAGACCUCGUAGCUUCCUUUUGUAGCGUGGAC